ACAAUGAGUGAAAAAAUGAAAAAAGAGGAAGAAGAGGUGAUUCUAGAUCAUUUCUUGCACGAGCAUCCUCUUUCUCUAACCGAAACUCGCGUGGAAAGCAUCUCCGACUGCUGCCGGCGGCGCUUCUACGGCGAGCUAGGCUACACCUGCAGCCAGAAAUGUGGGAGCGACGUCGCAUUGCACGAGGAAUGCGCAGAGAUGCCGAGAAACAUCUCGCAUCCCGCCCACCCUCACCCGCUUUCCCAGGAGAAAAUGGAGGGAAACUGCGCGGUCUGCGAGACGAACAUGAGGGGGGAGGUCGGCUACCACUGCUCGGACGCGGCCUGCGAUUUCCACCUCCACUUGAGGUGCGCGUCGAGCAUGGGUGUGGUGGCCGACCUCGAUAGUCACAGCACGACCCACCCGAGCCACCCCCAACACCAGCUCAGGUUCUGGAGGCGGCCGGGGAAGUCGUGCUAUUUCAAGUGCGACGCAUGCGGCACGAGGGAGAUGGGCUCCUCGUACGCGUGCGUCGCGUGCCAGUACUGGAUACACGAGAGGUGCGCGGCGUUGCCGGUCACCGAGUGGUUCCCACACCACCACCAUAGUCUCUCGCUGGACUUUCACUUUCCUAUAGAAUAUGUUGUGUUUAAUUUUAAAUGUGACAUAUGUCGCAAGCCAUUGCUGCGGAAACAUUGGGUGUAUCAUUGCAGACUUUGCAGAUAUGUCGUCCAUAUCAAGUGCGCCAUCAAUGCAUCGUCGAGUCACAAUACUUUAGAUAAUGAAGAGGAUGCAAGUGAAGAAGAUGUGAUUCAAUUCCCAAUAAAAGACAUAGGUGAUGAGCUGAUAAGAUCUUUCAUAAGGAGAUUUGGUGAAAGUGAUGAAUAUGACAAUAAAAUGACCAAUGGGCAAUACAAAUUCCACAGCCACGAUCAUGAUUUGUCUUUAGUCUCACCAUCAUCUUCUCGUGAGGAUGACGGUGAUGACGACGAUGAUGAUUUUGGCUAUGGAGAAAAAUCACAAGUGGCAUGUGACGGGUGCACUGCACCAAUACAUCCCCACAAAUCAAAAUACUACAGCUGUGUGGAAGGCAAAUACUUUCUCCACUCCACCUGCUUCCGUCUCCCCCAAACCUUCACCCCACACCACCCCCUCCACCCCAACCACACCACCCCACUGAAACUCCAAACUUGCCCCAAACUCGACACCAUCAAAUGCAACAUUUGCAAAUUCUACACAAACGGACUAUUCUACUCCUGCGCAGAAUGCGACUUCAAAGCCGACGUAAAAUGCGCUUCUCUCCCGUCCGUGAUCAAACACCGGGCCCACUCGCAGCCCCGACAUCGCCUCAAGCUGGUCGAGAGCAAGGACUACACGGACUCCCUCCACGUCCGCUGCAUCGGGUGCAGCGACUUCCUCGUGCGCCCGGGAGCCAUAUUCUACUCGUGCCAGAGCUGCGAAUUCAUCCUUUGCUGCGCGUGCGUACUGCUGCCAGCGUCAGACGACACGUGCUACCUGGACCAGCACGUGCUGCCGCUGGCGUUCAAUGCGGCCGCGGACCACCCCGGGAAAUUCUACUGCGAUGAGUGCGAGCGGGAGAUGAAUCCCAAGUGUUGGAUGUAUCACUGCCGCCACUGUGAUACGUCCUACCAUCCGAGUUGCAUUCAUACCUUGUCGGGAUAUGAUAGAAACUUUAAGUAUGGGAAAGAAUUCAAUAUUGAGACCCUUCACGGCCAUCCUCUCAGAGUUCAGCAUCUCAUUAGGAAAUUUCUUUGCCACGUCUGUGGUAGGAAAGAGAAGAAUGAUGCUGGAUUUCAAUGUGCAUCCUGCGAUUUCUUUGCGUGUGGAUGCAACCUAUGGUCCAGUGAUGAUCCUCUUCCUCUCAUUUGACAAAACUUAGCUUUCAGAUGUUCUUUCCUUAUAAAAGAAAAGGCUUGCUUGGUCUUCACUGCUUGUAAAUGUAUGUCAAUAACUAUGAGGAAUUUAUUCAAUUAUAAACUAAUCAAUAAACCCAUCUA